CAAACAAUGAGGCAAUCGUUGCGUUAGAUUUCAAUUUAAUUGUCAUUUCAUUGAUUUAAUCGCAUUUCGGGCCAUAAAUUGGUGUCAUUUUUGACAAACACUUAUUUGGCGUACAAUUCACCACUAAAUCCAUUAAAUUAUGUUAAAGUUUGGCAAACAUUUCAAAUCCAUUUCGCGAUUAAAAGCCGCGAACUAUGGCUUAAGUCACGGCUUAAGACACCACUCAUCCGGCGCUUCGGCGGCCCUAUCGUUGAACCGGAGUCUCAAAGUGGGCCACAAUUUGCACGGAUAUCAAGUGCAGGCCAUCGAAGACGUGCCGGAGCUGUGUUUGAGUGCAUACCUGUUGACACACGUCAAGAGCGGCGCCCAACACCUCCAUCUGUACAGAGAGGACACCAAUAACCUCUUCGGCGUGUCUCUGAGGACCACUCCCACCGACAGCACGGGCGUGGCCCACAUCCUGGAGCACCUGUCGCUGUGCGGGUCCCACCAGUUUCCCUGUCGGGACCCCUUCAUGAAGAUGUUGAGCCGAUCGUUGGCCACAUUCAUGAACGCCUUCACCUCUCCCGACAACACAAUGUAUCCGUUUUCCACGCAAAACACCAAAGACUUCAAUAAUCUGAUGAGUAUUUAUUUGGACGCCGUCUUCUUCCCCCGUCUGCGGCGCCUGGACUUCAAUCAGGAGGGCUGGCGUCUCGAGCACCACGACAUCAAUGAUCCCAACUCUGAGAUCGGCUUCAAAGGUGUGGUGUUCAACGAAAUGAAAGGAUAUUUUUCGACUCCGGCGGCGAUAUAUUCAAGAAAACUUCAAAACCAUUUGUUUCCCAGCAAUACGUACGCCAAUGAAUCUGGUGGAGACCCCCUCGCCAUCCCUGACCUUACAUAUGAAGCUCUCAAAGAGUUUCAUUCCCGACACUAUCACCCGAGUAAUGCCAGAUUUAUAACUUAUGGCAACUUUCCGCUGGAAUCACAUUUGGCUUUCAUUAAUGAUUACGUUUUGAGUCGAUUUACAUUUAAUGAAGACUAUUCGAGAUCGUCUCAAGUGCCGGAUCAGCCGAAGUGGUCUAAACCUGUUCAUGAGUUUAUUGAAUCACAACCGGACCCAAUGGUCCCGUUCCCCGACAAACAGACGACAGUUAGCGUCAACUUUAUGUUAGAAGACAUCACUAAUACUCACGAGAACUUCACGCUCGCUAUCCUCUGUUCACUUCUGAUGGACGGCCCAAAUGCUCUGCUGGCCAAUACGUACGCCAAUGAAUCGGGUGGAGACCCCCUCGCCAUUCCUGAUCUUACAUAUGAAGCGCUCAAAGAGUUUCAUUCCCGACACUAUCACCCGAGUAAUGCCAGAUUUAUAACUUAUGGCAACUUUCCGCUGGAAUCGCAUUUGGCUUUCAUUAAUGAUUACGUUUUGAGUCGAUUUACAUUUAAUGAAGACUAUUCGAGAUCGUCUCAAGUGCCGGAUCAGCCGAAGUGGUCUAAACCUGUGCAUACGUUUAUUGAAUCACAACCGGACCCGUACCAGGGCAAGGGGCUGUUUGAGACAAGUGAAGACUACCUGCCGGGUUUACGAGCUUUAUAUCAGGCGCUCAUAGAGUCCGGGUUGGGCUCUGACUUUAGCCCAAACAGUGGUUUUGCUAAUCACACGAAACAAUCGUUCUUUUCUAUUGGUUUGCAAGGAAUCGCUAAAAAUCAAGUCAAUUAUGUGAUCAAAGCGGUCGAUACGGCGCUCAAGAAUGCGAUCAACGAUGGCUUCCCUGAAGAGAGAAUCGAAGCCAUUCUCCAUAGAGUAGAACUUCAGACAAAACAUCAAACGAGUAAUUAUGGGUUGGGAUUAAUGAUGAACUUAAACCCGCUUUGGACUCAUGGAGGCAAUCCUCUGGUGGGUCUCAGAGUCAACGAACACGUGAACACAUUUCGGGCACAACUCAAACAAAAUCCCAAAUUCUUGACAAAUAAAAUCAAAGAGCGCUUCAUAUCAAACACUCAUCGAUUAGUAUUAGAGAUGAAUCCAUCCGAAGAAUACGAGAAUAAUCUCAAAGAAAAAGAGCAAAAACUAUUGAAUGAAAAGUUGUCUAAAUUGUCGGAAAAGGAUUUGAAAGAGAUUUACGAAAACGGCUUAGAAUUGGACAGAAUUCAGAAGAAUAAGGACGACGUCUCUGUUUUGCCGACACUUAGUGUCAAAAAAGACAUUUCGCGUCGUUUUAAUGCUACGGCUAUAGAAACGACACAAAUACUAAACGCCGACAUUCAAUGGUCGGCUCAACCGACUAAUGGCAUCACAUAUUUCAAUGCGAUCCUUAAGCCCAAAGCGAACUCAUUUCCACAUCAUUUGGUACCAUAUCUACCAGUUUUCAGUCAAGUGGUCACUAACAAUCCGCGGCCACUAGACCUGGCGCUGGUAGGGUACCUCAAACUAGAGAUGCUCUUUCCUGAGGUUAUAUCUUCGCAUUGUUUGGACAAAAAUAUCGAUCAAAUGUUCAGAUUAUGGACCGAUAUAUUCAAUAGAAUCCGAUUCGACGACGAUUACGACCAUCUGCUUCAACUGAUCCGUAUGUGCUCUGCGGAGAUGAAUCAGAGUCUUCCCUAUCACGGGCACAGGUAUGCUAUGAACCGAUCGGCCUCUUCAUUGGGCGGUGCCUUCAAAUACAGAGAACUGACGAGUGGUUUGUCAUCUGUCUCACACUUCCGUUCGUUGGCCUCUUUAGAGGACUGCAAACCAAUUGUACAAAACCUGAAGAGUAUUGCAUCGCUUCUAUUGAACGCCGAUUCCAUCCGGUGCUCAAUCAAUGCGGAGGCGCCCACUAUUAGACCUUCCCUUCAGACCGUCGAGCGAUUCAUUCAAUCCAUUAAUAAAAGUAGUGAAACGAGUCCUCAAACAGAGUCAUUGAAUGUUAACAUUCCGGCCGUUGAGCCGACGCUUAGCGAACACCACGUCUUUCCCUUCGGCGCCAACUAUUUAGCGAAUCGGUUUAUAGAAGUGGCCCUUCACUCCCUUUUCCCGCCGCGUAUGCCUCCGCCGCGAUUAGAAUCACGGCCGCCACGAAUAUUAAUGAACUCAUAUCGCGACCCAAACGUCGACCAAACAAUCAAUGCGUUCAAUAGUUCCGCCGAAUGGCUGUCCGACCAAAACAAUUACAGCGAUCAGGACGUGGAUGAGGCGAAGCUGUCGGUGUUCCAGGACGUGGAUCAUCCUAUUAUGCCCAGCGAACAGGGAUUAGAGUGUUUCGUGAACGGCAUCACCGACCAAAUGAAACACGACUACAGAAUGCGUUUACUCGAUGUCACCAAAACAGACAUCGAAGAAGUGGCCCAAAGGUAUUUAGUGAACGAAACGUCCAAAUCUGGUGUCAUAUUGAUUGGUCCGCGCAAUGAUCGGACCGUAUCUGAUGCCAAGUGGUUGGUAACAGAGGAGAAACCUAACGCUUAA